CACGUAUGAGUGGUUACGGUGGAACUAUCCUGGUCUAGUCUAGACAGUAGAGGUCUCCGAUCGCGUAAAGCAACUAAGCGUCAGUUAACUAGUGAUAUCGCGUGCUGUCGGUAUAUCUACACAAGUAAAUGAUCUUGGAUAUUUGAAUGCGAACGGCGGAAGGUGAAGUUGCAUUCCCUUACUAUCGAUUAAACUCCCUACAAUUCAUUGUUUUCAGUGCCAUGUGAAGGCAUUUAAAUUUUGACGCAAAACCAGAGUUUUUAAAUGUAUCAUAAGAACUGAACGUCCUCGCUUUCCUUUAAAGUUAAAGUAUUUACAAUAAUACCGAAUUCAAUACCGACUUGGACUUUCGCUAUAGUACAUACACAUCAACGAAUAAUAUCCGACCCUGAUUAUCAGCCCACGCGAAUGCUUCGACUCUAUAUUUUCUGAAAGGAAGGAGACAUUAUUGGUUUGAAAUAACGUUUGACGCAGGAGAAUAACAGAAGAUAAAAAGAAGACAUUAUUAUUGAGAUAAAAGCUGAUCAUGGAGGGACUGACGACACAGAGACUUUGGAUUCCAACGAAAAGAAGAGGACCGAUUGCCGCGGAGUUUGUCACCCCUGGGCCUGCUUGCGUCACUUUACCGCCCCUCAUUGGAAAAACCAUGACAGAUUCAAAAAAGGAAAGAGCUCCAGCUUUCACGUUUGGUGGCAGGCAUUUGAACAAAAAUAAUAGUCCCGGUCCAGGCCCAGGGCAAUAUAAUAUUUUUGGACUCAACUCAAAGGGAAAAGAUGUGGCACCAGCUUUAUCAUUACACGGGCGUACAAAAUCUGGAAAAAUUCAAACUACUCCAGCGCCGGGCGAUUACGAUCCACAAAAAGCUGAAAAAAUUGUCUCCGACAAUUCUCCGAAAUUCUCUUUUGGUAUUAAAACAAAAGUAGAAAAAGUGAAUCACACUCCUGCUCCUAACAUGUACAAUAUCCCUUCUGCGCUUGGCGGAACGAAAGAAAGUAAUAUUAAAACUGCGCCUGCGUUUUCAAUAUCCGGUAGGCAGAAGGCGUUCACUGACGAAAGGAUUUUUGUACCAGGACCUGGUUCCUACGAAUCUAUAAAGCCUGAUACCGUGAGAUCGAAAAGUCCCGCUUACAGCAUCAGCGCACGUCAUCAAAUACCAAACGACCAUUCGCAAAAACCGGGCCCUGGUGCACACUGUCCUGAAAAAGUAAUUUUGGAUGUUCCUCCGGCACAUUCCUUUGGAAUUAGACAUUCACCAUAUAUCUGCAACUUAAAAGAUACUGCAUUUUAAAACUUUGUUUAUUAAUAUAAACAAUGUUGUGAAGCUUGAGAUUUUAAUACACAAACAACAAUAUUCCUUGCGUCUUUAUAAAUAGAACGACGGUUAGGUAAAUUUUAUUAAAAUAAUAUUAUUAAUUGUCAAAAAUACAUCAGCAUUUACAUAACCAUGCGUUCUUUCAAAUAU